AUGGGCUACCGUGGUUUGGGUUACUUCAGCAGCAGAACUCUUGGCGGUAUGGCAUGCUCCAGGCCCAGAAGAGCUGUUGGAAGAUGUCCUCCUCCGAGACGUGGAUAUGGCUUUGGUGCAGCUGGCACGGGGUUCGGCUACAGAGGUGCUGGCUUUGGCUACAGGGUUGGUGGAGUGUCCACGCCAUGCCGCAUCACACCCAUCACCAUCAACGAGCAACUGCUCCAACCGCUCAGACCGGAACUCGAUCCCAACAUGCAAACGGUGAAGUACCAAGAGAAGGAGCAGAUCAAGACCCUCAACAACAAAUUUGCUUCUUUCAUUGACAAGGUUCGAUUCCUGGAACAGCAGAACAAGGUGCUGGACACCAAGUGGAGCUUUCUGCAGGGUCAAAAACACUGCAAGAAUACCAUCAUGCCCAUGUUACAGGCUUAUAUUGGUAACUUGAAGAAGCAGCUGGAAGCACUGGGGUGCAACAGAGCCCAGUUAGAAACAGACCUGAAAGCAGCACAGCAGGUUUUGGAAACCAACAAGAAAAUGUACAAGGACGAAUGCAGCCAGCGGACAUGCACCGAGAGUGAGCUUAUUGCCCUGAAGAAGGAUGUGGGCUGUUUUUUCUUAAACAAAGCAGAGCUGGAAGCCAAGGUAGAAAGCCUGAAAGAAGAGGCUGAAUUCCUGAGAAUGUUCUACAAAGAGGAAAUCCACCAGCUGCGGGCCCACAUCUCAGAUACUUCGGUGAUCGUGCAGAUGGACAACAGCCAAGAUCUCGACUUGGAUGGCAUCAUUGCGGACAUCAAGGCUCGGUACGAGGACAUUGCCCGCAGGAGCCGGGCAGAAGCGCAGGCCUGGUAUGAAAGCAAGUUUAAAGAGCUGCGAAUUACUGCAGGCAGAAACGCUGACAGCCUGCGAGAGACAAAAAACAAGAUAGCUGAGCUGACACGGAUGGUCCAGAAACUGAACAGAGAAGUCAGGAGUGCCAGGGACCAGUGCGGCAAGCUGGAAGCUGCCGUGGCUGACGCUGAGCAGCGUGGGGAAACGACCGUCAAGGAUGCGAAGCACAAACUCUCUGAGCUGGAGACAGCCCUGCAGCAGACCAAGGCAGACCUGACCGAGCAGCUCCGCGAGUACCAGGAGCUCAUGAAUGUCAAGCUGGCCCUGGACAUCGAGAUCAUCACCUAUAGGAAGCUGCUGGAAGGAGAGGAGAGCAGGCUCUGUGCAGAAGGCGGCUUCCCCAUCAACAUCUUCAGCUUUGCUCUGCCUUUUGCAGCUGCUUGCCGUUCGCAGGGAGGGCUCACCUAUGGCUCAGAGCCUGGUUUUGCAAGUGCCCAUGCGUCAGCGAACAGAAACUCGUGCUGGACCAGUAGCGUGGGGGUAGGCAGCACAGCAGUGAGCUGCGGUGAUGGUGUUAGCAGCAGGAGCAUGAAGAGCUCCCACGUGAAGGUGGCGUCCAUGACCAAGGCAGCCAGGAGCAAUAUGUAA